UGGUUUGGUGGGGUUGGGGAUUAAAUGCCGCGCUAUAAGUCAUUGGUGCUCGGCGAGUGAAGCAAGACACUCACCUUGGUCCAUCGUCAAUGGAGUUCCCCUUCGGUCACCACCACCACCACGGCCGCCGCGACGACGAGGAGGAGGGGCAGCGCUAUCCCCCGCCCGGCCAACGCCCCUUCGACGCGCCGCCCCCUCCGCCCCCCUGCUACGAUCGCCCGGGUGGCGAGGGCUACGGCCGCCCUGGGUACCCUCCCCCGCCGACCCACCAUGUGUCCCACGAGGUGGGCUACGGCUACGAGGCGCCGCGGCCCUACCCUGGUGCUGGGUACGGAGAGGGGGGCUAUUCUGGUCACCAUAAUCACCCUCCCUACUCCUCCGGCGUCCACCCCGUCGGCCACGAGAGCUGGGGCGGUGGGGCUCCGGCGGCGCCGCGGCAGCCCACUGUGAGGAUCUUUACCAAGGCGGAGGAGAAUUACUCCCUCUCGAUCCGCGAUGGGAACGUGAUCCUUGCCCCGGCAAAUCCGCGUGACGAAUAUCAGCACUGGAUCAAAGACAUGAGGUAUGCCACCAAGGUGAAGGAUCAAGAGGGUUUCCCAAGCUUUGCUCUUGUUAAUAAAGUUACUGGUGAAGCUAUAAAGCACUCCCUUGGAGCAACCCAUCCUGUUCGGCUGAUUCGGUAUAAUCCAGAUUAUCUUGAUGAGUCGGUUCUGUGGACCGAGAGCGCGGAUACCGGUGAGGGCUUCCGAUGCAUAAGGAUGGUAAACAACAUUGGCUUGAACUUUGAUGCUUUUCAUGGUGAUAAGGAUCACGGAGGAGUGCAUGAUGGAACCACUGUUGUGCUGUGGGAGUGGCUGAAGGGAAAGAAUCAGAGGUGGAGGAUUGUUCCCUAUUGAGACCGUCAGUGGAUGUUUAACUCUCUAUCUAUGGCGAGGUUUUACUAUGAGUCCUACUUUGCAGAAUAAGUUGUGCCCAUGGGGUGCAAAGUGGAGGUUUGUGUGAUGGAGUUGCAGACUUUUGCUAGUUGCUGUAACUUUAUGCUUGAUGUGCCUUGUGUGUCUGAUGGCAUAUGAUGCCUUUCCCUUUUGCUGUGUGUUUGCUGGACUAUGCUAUCCUAUAUAAUAUAUAACUGCUCUCCUCGUA